GCACCACCCUCUAUGGUCAGUAAUGAACAACGCCAGCAUGCAGAGCACAUAUUCUUAUCAUUUAGAAAAUCCAAAUCACCAUUUGCAGUUUGCAGACAUAUUCUGGUUCUUCAUGCUUUGGAAGUAACAGUUGAAGAGAGGUGAGGAAAGUUUGUGAAAAUUGUGAUCGGUGAUUAACUGCCACCUGCCUGAGGUGUCUUCUGAGAGGAACUAACCUCUUUGUGGUGCUAGAGCAAGGUCACUGGAUUAAAAACAGAACAGAAACUAGUAAAGUGGACUACGUCCUUUUUCAAGCUGCCACAGCCAUCAUGGAAGCAGUUGUCCGAGAGUGGAUUCUCUUGGAAAAAGGUAGCAUCGAGUCACUGCGAACAUUCCUCUUAACCUAUGUCUUACAAAGGCCUAACCUCCAAAAGUAUGUUCGGGAACAGAUUCUAUUAGCAGUAGCAGUAAUCGUAAAACGAGGAUCAUUAGAUAAAUCAAUUGAUUGCAAAAGCAUUUUUCAUGAAGUGAGCCAAUUGAUUAGUAGUGGCAAUCCCACUGUGCAAACUCUGGCCUGUUCUAUUCUAACUGCACUAUUGAGUGAAUUUUCAAGUUCAAGUAAAACUAGCAACAUUGGAUUGAGUAUGGAAUUCCAUGGUAACUGCAAAAGAGUUUUUCAGGAAGAAGACCUUCGUCAGAUCUUCAUGUUAACAGUUGAAGUUCUGCAGGAAUUCAGCAGACGGGAAAACCUCAAUGCACAGAUGUCUUCAGUGUUUCAGCGGUACCUCGCACUUGCUAAUCAAGUCUUGAGCUGGAAUUUUCUUCCUCCAAAUUUAGGCAGACAUUAUAUAGCAAUGUUUGAGUCCUCCCAGAACGUGCUGCUGAAACCAACAGAGUCGUGGCGGGAGACCCUCCUGGACAGCAGGGUCAUGGAGCUAUUCUUCACAGUACAUCGAAAAAUCAGAGAAGAUUCAGAUAUGGCACAAGAUUCCCUGCAGUGCCUUGCCCAGUUAGCGUCUCUGCAUGGAGCCAUCUUCCCGGAUGAAGGAUCCCAGGUUGAUUAUUUAGCACACUUCAUUGAGGGAUUACUGAACACUAUCAAUGGAAUUGAAAUAGAAGAUUCUGAAGCAGUGGGAAUCUCUAGCAUUAUCAGCAAUCUGAUAACUGUGUUUCCUCGGAAUGUUCUAACUGCCAUUCCCAGGGAGCUUUUCUCCUCCUUCGUUACCUGCCUCACACACCUCACUUGCUCUUUUGGGCGAAGUGCUGCGCUGGAAGAAGUGCUUGAUAAGGAUGACAUGGUAUACAUGGAAGCAUAUGAUAAAUUACUGGAGUCCUGGCUAACUUUGGUCCAGGAUGACAAACAUUUCCAUAAAGGCUUUUUUACUCAACAUGCAGUUCAAGUUUUCAAUUCCUACAUCCAGUGUCACCUUGCUGCUCCAGAUGGCACACGGAACUUGACUGCCAAUGGUGUGGCCUCUCGGGAGGAAGAAGAAAUAAGUGAACUUCAAGAAGAUGAUCGAGACCAGUUUUCUGAUCAAUUAGCCAGUGUAGGAAUGCUAGGAAGGAUCUCUGCAGAGCACUGUAUACCUCUUCUGACAAGUUUAUUAGAAGAAAGAGUAACAAGACUCCAUGGUCAGUUACAACGACAUCAGCAACAGCUCCUUGCUUCGCCUGGUGCGAGCACGAUUGACAACAAAAUGCUUGAUGACCUCUAUGAAGAUAUUCACUGGCUUAUUUUAGUUACAGGCUACCUCUUAGCUGAUGAUACUCAGGGAGAGACUCCGCUAAUACCUCCAGAAAUAAUGGAAUAUUCCAUUAAGCAUUCAUCUGAAGUUGACAUUAAUACAACACUUCAAAUUUUGGGAUCUCCAGGAGAAAAGGCUUCUUCCAUCCCAGGGUACAGCAGAACAGAUUCUGUGAUUAGGCUAUUAUCUGCUGUUCUAAGAGUUUCAGAAGUUGAAUCUCGAGCAAUAAGAGCAGAUCUCACUCAUCUACUAAGCCCUCAAAUGGGCAAAGAUAUUGUUUGGUUUCUAAAACGCUGGGCCAAGACCUAUCUUCUGGUGGAUGAAAAACUAUAUGAUCAGAUAAGUCUGCCAUUCAGCACAGCAUUUGGGUCAGAUACAGAAGGCUCCCAGUGGAUUAUUGGCUACCUCUUACAAAAAGUCAUCAGUAACCUCUCGGUCUGGAGCAGUGAGCAAGACCUUGCAAACGACACUGUGCAGCUCCUGGUGACUUUGGUGGAACGAAGAGAAAGGGCAAAUUUAGUAAUUCAGUGUGAGAACUGGUGGAAUCUAGCUAAACAAUUUGCAAGCCGAAGCCCACCCCUUAAUUUCUUAUCAAGUCCAGUGCAGAGGACGCUGAUGAAAGCUCUAGUCUUGGGAGGUUUUGCACAUAUGGACACAGAAACCAAGCAGCAAUAUUGGACAGAGGUUCUUCAACCACUUCAGCAGCGAUUCUUAAGAGUGAUAAAUCAAGAGAAUUUUCAGCAAAUGUGUCAGCAAGAGGAGGUCAAGCAAGAGAUCACUGCCACAUUGGAGGCCUUGUGUGGCAUUGCUGAGGCUACCCAGAUUGACAAUGUAGCCAUUCUUUUCAAUUUUUUAAUGGACUUCCUUACCAAUUGCAUUGGGUUGAUGGAAGUUUACAAAAAUACCCCAGAGACUGUUAACCUCAUUAUAGAAGUUUUUGUUGAAGUUGCACAUAAACAGAUAUGCUACCUUGGAGAGUCCAAAGCUAUGAACUUAUAUGAAGCCUGCCUUACUUUAUUGCAAGUAUAUUCUAAGAAUAACUUAGGGCGGCAAAGAAUAGAUGUUACAGCAGAAGAAGAGCAAUACCAGGACCUGCUUCUCAUUAUGGAACUUCUUACUAACCUUCUAUCAAAAGAAUUCAUAGAUUUCAGUGAUACAGAUGAAGUGUUUAGAGGACACGAGCCAGGACAAGCAGCAGGCAGAUCUGUAUCAGCAGCUGAUGUUGUUUUAUAUGGAGUAAACCUAAUUCUGCCCUUAAUGUCACAAGAUCUUUUGAAGUUUCCAACGCUUUGUAAUCAAUACUACAAAUUAAUCACAUUUAUUUGUGAGAUUUUUCCUGAGAAAAUACCACAGCUUCCUGAAGAUCUGUUUAAAAGUCUGAUGUAUUCCCUAGAGCUAGGAAUGACAUCAAUGAGUUCGGAGGUUUGCCAACUCUGCCUAGAGGCCUUGACACCGUUAGCCGAACAAUGUGCAAAAGCACAAGAAACAGAUUCACCCCUUUUUUUAGCAACUCGGCACUUUCUCAAGCUGGUUUUUGAUAUGCUGGUUUUGCAGAAGCACAACACGGAGAUGACCACUGCGGCAGGUGAAGCUUUCUACACACUGGUGUGUUUGCACCAGGCUGAAUAUUCUGAACUGGUUGAAACAUUGCUGUCAAGUCAGCAAGAUCCCAUCAUUUACCAGAGACUAGCAGAUGCCUUCAACAAACUCACUGCAAGCAGCACUCCUCCUACGCUGGACCGGAAGCAGAAGAUGGCCUUCCUAAAGAGUUUAGAAGAAUUUAUGGCAAAUGUUGGUGGUCUCCUUUGUGUAAAAUAAACAACAAAACUAUAUGCUAAAUUUAGAUUUUUUUCUGCAAAGUGCACUGAAUUGUUGAAAGUUGACUUGAGUUGUGUCCUCAGUUCAUUUGACCAUUUUAGAAUUUGGAGAGCCUGAAACUUUGAUAGGGAGUGUGGUGUAAACAUGAGAGGUCAGCUUUUGAAUAAGUUUCUGCUGUUUGUUGUAAGCCACACCCUGUCAUAUACCUGUUGUCUACAUUUUGAGUGGUGACUAAAUUUUUCAAAAUGCAAUCCAUAUAUAUGCAUACAAAUAUGGGCACCAAGAAAUAUAUAUUCAGUGUCUUUUACCCAGUUACCAAACAAGUGGCUAGCCAAAGUUUGGAAUUUCUGUUACUAUUAGUUGGAUAUGUUCUUAGUGUUGUUUUUCAAAAUGCUACCCAUAGAUUCUCUGCAUCAUUUGAGGAUCUGGUUGCGAGGGUGAUUUUUAGGCCCAGUCAUAAAAUAUGUAGUUGAAUUCUGGAGUCUAAUUUAAUAAACUGCUCUCCUUCAUCACCCCAAAAGUUUUGAGUUCAUGCAAGAGACACUGAAAACAAGAGAUCUCAUGCUUUCCAACUUUCCCUUUCUUCAGUGAUUAGGGUUAUAACUAAGCAGAAAGAAAAGUCAAGUGAUUUCUAGUUUCUUCUUAGUUCAUUUUCUCCUUUGUCCUUCUCUCUCAUCCCCAAUGUUGAAGGUUUGUGUAAUUAUUACAGGUCUCUAAUCAUACUCUAAAGCCUGAACUUGAGGAGGAAAAUAUGUGCAUAUUUUUUGUUUCAUAAAAAGAACUUUAGGAACUGUAGCCAUUUCAUUGCCUUAAUUUUAAGAGAAAGAGACAAAGCAUUUGUUUUAGUAAGAAAUCAAGUCUUUUUUUCUUCAGAGUUGGCUUAGGGUAUUAGCUGCUAUGAACCUGCUGCCCCUUUGAUCAUGUAUUUAUGUGGCUUUAAAAGUGAAAUGAAAGGCACCUCCUGUGUAGUUAACUUUCUGACUGUAUCUGUCCUGCCACUCAGUCCAUAUCUACUUGCUUAAAACAAUAACUGUUUUCAAAGGAUGUGAAUUACUAAUUCACACAGAAUAUUGCACGCUGGGCAUUAGGGGCAAUAAUUAUGCUAAAGUGAGCAUUAUCCUCAUCUCAUAGCAGCCAUGCAAAUUUAAUUUCAGAGAAUAAAAAUAGCCAGGAAGUGGUGACAAAUGCCUAUUACACCUGGCAUGUGGGAAGCUGAGGCAGCAGAUCAUGAGUUCCUGGACAGUCUGUGCUACCUAGUAAGACCCAGUCUCCCCAAAGUUCUCUUUAGAGCCUUUAGAUCUUUCUAAUAAUGCCAGGCAUGGUGAUGCACACCUUAAAAUGGAGCACUGCGGAGUCUUAGGUAGAAAGGAUCACCGUGAGUUUGAGGCUAGCUGGAGCUAGACUGAGAACCUGCCUCAAAAAAAUCAGCAACAAAAAAAGUCCAAUGCAUUGUUAUACUGCUACCUUGUUCCCAAUAAUUUUGUGCACAGCUUAAAUAAUGGAAAUGAAAGUUUAAAUUAAGGAAAUAAAAGCUUAUUUAUAAACUGGAAGCCACUGAAACUCUACCAGCUGUGAUUCCAGUCACAAGGCAGUGACAAGGGGAGGCCUCUAGCCUGGAUGCAUUGACUAUGGCAGAGGGCAGGCUCUCCUUUGGUGUUCCUAAUACCGCUCUACUAAACCAUCCUGCAAGUACAGUCUUUAUGUCUGAAUUGCACAUAGUAUGUGCGUCUUUACAUGUGAUGCUCUGUAAAUUCUGCCACUCUGCUAUUGACUGUUCUAGUUAAAGCAGGAGUGUCUAAGCUAUGUCUGAUGUGUGCACGUGAUGGUAGAUGUGAGUGCAAAGCUGUGGGCUGUCACUUUUUGAGAAUCAUUUCUCUUAAUCAUCAAGUAACAAAUAUGGAUCAAAAACAUCUUAAAAUACUGCAAGGAAGAAAACAUUCUUCAUGAUUUAAAAAAAUAGUUUGAAAGACUUAAAAUUUUUUUUCCCUUAAAGAACUUGAAGUUACAUAUGCAAGCAGUGAUCACUUUGUUUUGUAUUGCCCAGGAUGUUUCUGUCUCCUCUACAGGUGUGUGUUGUGUGUAUCUCUGUGUAUGAUAAGUAUGGUCCCUUGGCCAGGAAGCACUGAGACAUAACUGAGUGCAUAGGUCCCCUGGCCAGGAAAAAGGUGUAGUUGAGCUCAAGUAACAAUGCGUAGUAGGAAAGGAAUGUUUUGGUAAGUGAAAAGGCAUCUGUAUUUAUUAACUUCUAUCCAGAGGAACUACAGUUAAUAAAUUUACCCAGAUCUUCCUUCCUAUAUGCAAGUUUAUUAUGCCAGUUUAAAUUGAAACAAGGUAUACUUUAGAUUGGACCAAAUAAUGCUUAAGAGAUCCCCAGAAUGUUGACUAGUGGCAAAAGGGGUGAUAAGACACCACAAUAUUUUAGGUACACUUCUCAAGUGUGCCAACUAGACUCAUCAGAGUGUUUGUGUACUAGUUGGCCCCCUUAAUUAUUUGUUUAGUUUGUGCCUUCUGUUUUAUUAUGUCCGCCUUAGUUUUUAGCUAUGUGUACUUGUUCUUUGGUUUUUUGUUUGUUUGUUUUUUUGCUUAAUGUUCUUGGUCCAGUGGGUAUAAAUUUCAUUUUUCCAGUUAAAACCAACUAAAGACUCAAAAGUGGAGCCAAGCAUGGUGUUGCAUGCCUAUAAUCCCAGCACUCGGGAGGCAGAUGUAGGAGGAUUGCUGUGAGUUCAAGGCCACCCUGAGAGUUCAUAGUGAAUUCCAGGUCAGCCUGAGCUAGAGUGAGACCCUACCUCAAAAAAACAAAACAAAACAAAACAAAACAAACAAACAAAAAAAGAUAAAAGCAAAAGCAUUUGUGCCCUUUUUACAUAUAUUAAAGGGACGUUGUCAAGUAUCUCAGUUUUCAUGUUUUAAAGUUUUGUUGUUCAUGUAAUAUCCUUUAACCUUUACUUUCCAUGCUCUGUUGUUCAGUCUGUGUUUUACCUUAUGCUUCUUGACCAAUUUUCCAAGGACAUAAUCUCUAUGUACACCCAGGCACAGUCUUUAAGGACUUUUUGUGCUCACAGUUCACGUAAACGCUCCUUUACCUCCGCUCUUGGAGCUCUGUUGAAGGUGGUGUCACAGAUGUCCUUAUGCUAGGUGGGUAGCUGCCUGGAUAGCUUGACUGUCUUGACAGUGUUGACCUUGUCGUUUCCAAAAAAGUAAGUUUUGUCUUUUAGUUCUUUGGAAAACAGUAACAUGUCAACAUUAUUGAAUUGAAUUUUUUUCUGGUAUAAAUGGUGAUACAUAAACAAGCUUUACAAUUUCUUUCAAGCUACUUUUUAAGAAUUCUGUCUUUGUAUUGAAAAAUAAUUAUAUUACUGUGUAGAUGAGACAGUUAUUACUUUUCUUUUUCACUAUUUUCAUUUCAAAACCAAACAUGUCUAUAAUUUCCCCACAGUCAACAUUACUUAAUACUUUUCUUGCUGUCUUUGAAUUGGACUUCUCUUUUACCAAAAUAUCAGGUCUUUAUCUCUGUUUCUUGUUUCUGCUAAUACUUCUAUAAACCCCUCAAGUAUUGAGGGAAACUGGCUGUCAGUUUCAGGUAUUUCAAGUUUGAGUUGCCUAGGAUAUAGUGCUGGUUAAACCCUGACAAUAUUAUUUUUCUGUUACAGUUUUACUUGUAUUUUGUUUGCCACCUUUGUUGUUAGAGGUGGUUGUCAUUGGAACUUACUAAGCUGUCUCUGACAAGUUAUUACCAUUUUUGGUUAUUAAAUAUUAGCAUUUUAUGUUAGAAGGAACUUCUCAGAACUUUCUAUUUUUUUUUUAACCAGAGAGAAUAAGGAACUGACUUGGAUAUGAGGAUAUUAUAUUUAUAUUAUAAUUUUCUUCUACAAAACAACAUAGAUGAUUUGAGCAUAUAACAUUAUAUGAAUUAUUUUUAAAUUUUCUCACUUGGCCUGAGAACAGUGCAUUUAACAUUUCUUUAAUAAUUGCUUUCCUGGCUGGGUGUGGUAGGGCACAUCUUUAAUCCCAGCCCUUGGGAGGCAGAGGUAGGAUCACUAUGAGUUUGAGGUAAGCCUGGGACUACAGAGUGAAUUCCAUGUCAGCUUGAACUAGAGUGAGACCUUGCCUUGAAAAUUUAAAAAAAAAAAAAAAAAAAAAUCCCCACUAAAAUUAAAAAUGGUCCAAAUUUAACAUCUAAGUUCAAAGAUUUAAAGUGUCAUGACUCAAGUUGAACUUAAACAUUUCAUUUAGAUACAAAUAUUGUGAAGUAUGCCUGAUUGAUUAUAAUGAAAACCUGUGAUAUAUGUAGCCAAAGAUUACAUUUGGUUCAGGUAAAGAUGGAAGCUUAAUAAUGGGCAUUCAUUGUGCUGCUCUUAAAGAAGAUGAAUGAAAAGAUCUGUUUCUCACCUGUAACUCUCUCUAUAGGGAAGUCUUUGUAAAGAUUGGAAUAUUCUAGUUCAGUUCUGAUGGUGAUUCCCUAGCAUGGAUUGGGAGCUGUGAUUGGUACACCACAUCUGUGAGGUUCAUAUCACAAGCCAUCUCCCCUUCUCAUCCACCUAUUCCCAAACCUUCCCAGCUGUGGGGAAGUGUUUCUUUCCUUUCCUCAUUCUUGGGUCUCUUAGCUAUUAGGAGCUGUCAGGUGUGUUCUGACAGUUAAUUUCCAUAGCCUGAAGUAAAAUACCACCUCUGCACUAUGUAUCUACUGGGGGAGGGGGAAAAUCUGACCUCAAGUGUGCUCUGAGCCUAGGCUUCUUGGUGUGGUUUCUUUUUACCACAAACUUAUAACAAAUUGCAAAUCCUGAAAUUGUGAUUUGAUUCUCUGUACAAAGAAAGAAGCUCUAUGCAGUGAGUUUGUGGUUUAAUGGUCACAGAGUGUUAGCACUGCUACCAUUCAACAUGUGUAAAAUUUUUUAACUUUAUAAAUAUUAAAAUUUAAACUUACACUAAGUCUUUUUAGUUUUAUUCUUUAAGAGAUCCAGGGAUGAGUGUAUUGUUUAAAUAUUUACCUCUAUUAACAUAACUAAUGAAGGUAUAAAUUUGCAUUUAAUUUUUAAAAAGAUGCUGCAGUAUAUGAUUUUAGGAAAUAAGUCAUGGCUAUGUAUUGAGCCAGUUACAACAUGAAUAUCAAAUGGAUAAAACUAUCUGUAUUUUUUAAACCCAUAAGUGGGUGUUAAAAUAUAUGUUUUCACUAAAUAUUUUUAUUACA